GAGGACGCCUCCUUCCGGAAGGAGCUCCGCCCCGGCAGCUCCGACCACGGCGGCCAGAGCGGCGACGGCGCCUGGGGCGCCUGGGGGCGCAGCACCGGGGAGGCCGCCGGCGGCGGCGGAGGCCACCGAGGAGGCAGCGCCUGGGGCGCGGGCCAGGCGUGGGCCAGCGGCCAGCGCAGGGCCGACCAGACAGCCGGCGGGCCGCAGGAUGACUGGAGCAGCUGGAAGCCGAGCAGGGCCUCCGAGGACGCGCCGCAGAGCAGGGGCGGCGCCGGCAGCAGCAGGGGCGGCGCGGCCGCCCAGGCAGAGGACGCGUGGCAGGGGCCCUCGGGCGCGGCCUCCGGCGCCGGAGCCUGGGGCGGCUGG